UUUCUCUAUCUCUCUUUUUAGUUUUGAGAGUCUAUUAUAGCUUCUAACUAUAGCUAGAGAUCAUGGGAAGAACACCAUGCUGUGAGAAACUUGGGCUAAAGAAAGGAAGAUGGACAGCGGAAGAAGAUGAAAUCUUGACCAGGUAUAUUCAAGAACAUGGUGAAGGCUCUUGGAGAUCUUUACCCAAGAAUGCAGGGUUGCUAAGGUGUGGGAAGAGUUGCAGACUAAGAUGGAUAAAUUAUCUAAGGGCUGACUUGAAGAGGGGAAAUAUCACUACAGAAGAGGAGGAAACCAUUGUUAAGCUACACAACGCCAUAGGAAACAGGUGGUCAUUGAUAGCUGGGCAUUUACCGGGGCGAACAGAUAAUGAAAUAAAGAACUACUGGAACUCUCAUCUGAGUAGGAAAAUCUACAGCUUCACCAAGCUUGGAAAUGAACCUUUGUCCACCACCAUCAUGAAUGUGGCCAAGAUAGCUGCAUCGAAGCGUAGAGGUGGCAGAGGAAGAACAAGCAGAUCAGCCAUGAAAAACAACAUCAAAAAUUCAAUCCCACUUACUAAAGCAGGAUUAAUGCCUGAAAGUACCGGCAUAACAAGAAAUGGGGUUCUUCAACCAUCUACUACAGAAACCACCUCAUCAACUCUUCCUAGUUCCACACCAGGACAAGCAGUUGUGGUUGAUCACCAACAGAGCCAUUUAAUGGGUUUUGAGCCUUGGGGGAUCAAACAAAACGAGGGUGUUAGAAACCUAAUUGGUGUGCCUGCAAGUUACUGUUUAGAUAGCAGUAACUCUAGAAUAAUAGGCAGUAAUAUUAAUAAGGGAGAGUUUAUAAAUCUAAACCCUGCAGGUAAAGGAAAAACAACUAGUCCUGGAAGUGUUUUACGUGGAAACAGAAAUGGAGAAAAGGAGGUUUUGGGACCAGAUGAAUGGCUAGAUAGAGAAAUAAUGCACCUUAAUUAUGUUCUUGAAGGUAGGGCUGUAAAUUCAAGUGGGAAUAUAACCCUUAAGGAGCAGAGAGAAAAUGGGGGUGCCAAGAUUAAUAGUCUAAGUGAAGGAAGAGGAAAUAAUGGACUGGUGGUCAUGGGUAAAGAGGAAAUGGCUCAGAUUAGUGGAUAUCAAGCAAUUAGGGAGAACAAUGAUAAUGCUAGUGUAUUGAGAUCAUAUGCAGAGAAUGUGGAUUGGCAGACUUGCUCUGCAGAAGCAAUAGGGUUUGGUGAUGAAUGGCUUAGUUGGGCAUGGAGUGGUGCUAGUAAUUAUAAUAAUAAUAAUAAUAAUAAUAAUAGUAGUAGUAAUACUAAUAAUCAAGUCCAUAAUAAUGAAUGGGAAUUUUCAGAUGAAGGGGAAAGAUUGUCUUCUUUGUGGGAAAGUGGCAGUAGCAUAUACUGAAUGUAUUACUAUUGACCCAUAAAUCAAAGAUGGUUUGUUCUUAGCACUUCUCAUGUUGACUAAAGAGUCCCAGACGUCGAAAUCUCCAGUAUGUCUCUGCAAUGAUGAGUUUUCUUUGUAUAAAUAAUUAGUUGUUUUUUUUUUAUUAAAAAAAAAAUCCUUUCUAGCUUUGUUUUUUUAUCAAGCUUUAAUAUGUCCUUAAA